ACCCUGGACAGCGCAUCCCUUCGCUCCUCCGGGCCCCGAGCUCCAGAGACGCGGCCAGACAUGGAGCAGCUAACAGCCUUUGAUAAUGAAGUCAAUGCUUUUCUGGACAAUAUGUUUGGACCUCGAGAUGCUCGGGUCAGAGGAUGGCUCAUGUUGGACUCCUACCUUCCUACUUUUUUCCUUACUGUAAUAUAUCUACUUUCCAUAUGGUUGGGUAACAAGUAUAUGAAGAACAGGCCUGCACUUUCUCUCAGGGGUAUCCUCAUUUUCUAUAAUCUUGGAAUCACACUACUCUCUCUAUAUAUGCUUGUAGAGCUCAUUCUUGCCUCUUGGGAAGGAGGCUACAACUUACAGUGCCAGAAUCUUGUCAGUGCAGGAGAAGCGGAUAUCCGGGUAGCUAAAGUUCUGUGGUGGUACUACUUCUCCAAACUGAUAGAAUUCAUGGACACAAUUUUCUUUGUUCUGAGGAAGAAAACCAGUCAGAUUACUUUUCUCCAUGUGUACCAUCAUACUUCAAUGUUUAACAUCUGGUGGUGUGUUCUGAACUGGAUACCAUGUGGACAAAGUUUUUUUGGACCAACACUGAACAGUUUUAUCCACAUUCUAAUGUACUCCUACUAUGGACUUUCAGUGAUUCCAUCCAUGCACAAGUAUCUGUGGUGGAAGAAAUACCUCACACAGGCACAAUUGAUCCAGUUUGUGCUGACCAUAUCGCACACCCUGAGUGCAGUUGUGAUACCUUGUGGCUUUCCUUUUGGCUGUCUCAUCUUCCAGUCUUCCUACAUGCUCACAUUAGUCAUCUUAUUUUUAAAUUUUUAUGAUCGGACAUACCGGAAAAAGCCUCUGCGACAAGAUAUGAAAGAGAAUCUUACAGGGAAAGAAGUCACAAAUGGUUUUCCCAAAGUUCAUUUCACUGCAGCUAAUGGAAUUGGGGACAAAAAAGCACAGUGA